CCUUGUAAUACGUGUAACGGAGUGGUGUUUCUAUUUCACUUAUAUCGUCGUUACGUAAUUUACAUCGCGUAUUUUUAUUUAUUUUUUCAACUAUUUUUUUUUCGUUCGAUUUGUGUUGGCGAAUUUUAUUUUGGAAUUUGGCAAACUGGGCACCUGUGAGCAGUACACAACAGCAAAAAGCAUCUUUAUGCUUGCAUUCCAGCUUCGAUGAAUUAGAUGGUGCUACAUCGUCAUCCUGCUGAGUCCUGAAUUCAUCUUAUGGAACUGAAAAUAUGUGCCAUUAUUGUCAUGUUCCAGUGAAAGCGUAACGAGGAGCCGCCAGUCAGAGUCGCGGGUGUGGUCAAUUACGUUUCAAGAGCUGAAACACGCAGAACUACUCACGAAAUCAAAGAGUAGAUUGACGACACCGCCAUACGUCCAAUGAAUGGGAAAAAGGGCGAUGUCCGCCAGUUAUGAAUAAGCUUUCACUCAGCAGAGAAACAAUUAUCGUUGCGAUAUUGUUGGCAGCGUUAAUCGUAAAUGUGGUCACUACGUGUCCUCUCGCCUGCAUUUGCAAAUGGAAAGGAGGCAAACGUAAGGUCGAAUGCGCUAAUAAAAACCUGACCGCUCUACUGACGGAAAUCGAAAGCGAAACGCAAGUGCUCGAUUACUCUAAAAACAGCCUGCGUUUUCUCACCGAUAAAAUGUUCGAAAAAGCUAAUUUAACCAAUUUGCAAAAACUAUACAUAUCCGAAUGUCAAAUAUCGCAAAUACACGAGACAGCGUUCCGAGGCUUGUCUAACUUAAUCGAGCUCGACUUGAGCGGCAACAUGUUGACGACGUUACCUUCGCAAACUUUUUACGAUUUCCCCCUUCUGAUGAAAAUGGUCGCCGCUCGUAACCCCAUCCAGGUUAUAAAAUCUGAUACGUUCGUACCUCUGAAAUACCUCGCCAGCUUGGAUGUUAGCGACUGCCAAAUAAAGACUAUCGAUAAAGACGCUUUCAACGGUUUGCAAAAGCUAGAAUGGCUCAAGUUGGAUCGCAACCGGUUAGAGAACAUUCGACAUCCGGAAACGAUACCCAGAGUAACCGGUGGCAUUUCACUGCAUCGUAAUCCUUGGCGAUGCGACUGCUAUCUGCGAAAUUUCCACAGCUGGUUGUUAAAUACGAAUAAACCUAUCAUGGUGAAUCCGGUUUGCGAAGAGCCCACCGUGUACCGGGGUACCCCGAUCGAUCAGCUUAAAACGGACGAUUUAGCUUGCGCCCCGGACGUUACCCCUUCUUCGUAUUAUACCGAAAUGAACGAAGGUAAAAACGUCUCGUUUAUUUGCCGCGUAAAUGCGACCCCCGAAGCGGUCAUCUCGUGGGAAUUCGAAGGAUACCCGAUAAGUAAUAAUUCUCAUAUGGUUCACGCGUUCACCAUAUUCUACGUCGAAGAAGCAGCCACCGAGCAAGUCAGCGAGCUGUUUAUAUCCGAGGUGCAGAAAGAUAACAACGGUAUGUAUCGUUGCACCGCUCAAAACGUCGCUGGUAAAUUAUCGUCUAAUUUUACGCUGAACGUAAUCACGGUGGAGAAAAGCACGCCGGAGCCGGUCACCAUAUCUUACUUUUACGUACUCGUAUCGUCCAUAAGUACCUUGUUAAUCGUCAUUGUGAUCACGUUGAUCAUCUCGUGUCUGAUAUACGUGAAAAACAGAAGACGUAAAAGAAAAACAUCGCGAACGAAACCGGACAUCGAGUAUAAAAUCGUCAAACAAAGUACCAGUGAAAUGACUCCGGCUAAGACGACUGAUAAAAAUCCCGAUUUGAUCAUCAACGCGGAGACUAAUUUAAAAGAGACUACUUCGGGUGAAAGCUGCGAGCACAUGUUGUUACUUCCGAGCGAUAUUAAACAAACCUAUUUGACGCUAUCGGGUAACACUCUAUUGAAUACGACCAUUUACGAAAGCAAAGCUUUAUGCCCGGCUGCCGACGACUCGGCCAUUUUACCAGCGACAAAUUACCAAACUAUGCCGAAUGGCAGUACCAUUAAAUUAUAUUUUUCGCCGAAUUCGGCGGCCACAGCUACCAAAUUUCAUAAUCUGUACGUGAAUCCUUUCGAAGGAUGUUACGUCGACUCGAUAGAACAAAAUUAUUGGACUUUGCAGCUGAAUCGAGCGGGCCAGAGUCAAAAGCUACAAGAAAACGGUCAAAUUGUGAUCAACUGUUGCGAGCAACAACAAUCUUCGUCGGAAAAAGUAUACGAUACUUGUGCGCCGACCAGUGCGACUCCUCGCACAGCUCUCGAUGAUUGUACCGCUAUUAAUUUACGCCAUAAUUUAGAAGGCUAUCCGUACCCUUCUAAAAUGAAAUUAACCUCGUUGAAUUUAAAUCAGCGCGUCGAAGACGUGCAAAUUGAUAACGCACCUAUAAUAUUAAGUCCGCCGGACCCUUUUAAAACCGAUAACAAUUCCGAUACAACCGAGAAUACCGUUGUUACGAGUAAUUAAUUCAUCGUUCCUCUCUCUCUAUCUCUCUUCUAUGUGUGUGUGUGUAUGUGUGUGAGUAUUUUGUACACUUGUAUGUGUUCUACACAGAGUCUAUAUCGACAGUAUAUAAAUAUACGAACAGGUGACCACAUUAUGGCCAAUGUGUGUGUGCGGGGGUGGUACUCGUAUACUAGUCAAAAGCACAACACAGCGCAAAGUCCUAUCGCAAAACAGCGCCGCGCCGCUUCGGUAAAUCUAUCGAGAGACCGUAGUAGAUGUGGUUAUUCUUCGCCAGCAGUUUGCUGCCCUCCUUUCGGCACCUCGCUGACUCACGGCUCACCUAUACCUAUAAUACCAAGCGUAAAAACAAAUACGCUCGCGAUAUUUUAUCAAAUUCUUCUUUUCAGCUGUCUGCGCUGUCAAUAAGGAAUCUUUUAAUUGAAAGUACCUUCUUACCUUGACGUUUUCACAUUAAUCGUCUGUAGCUAAUGCGCGCCUUAAGGUGUUACCUGGCUCUGGCUUUUAAUUUCGGUCGACUUUUCAGCGCGAAUUUCCAGCGAUGAAUGAUUGCUAGGUACACGUUCUCGUAUAGUAAGUAACAGUCGGAUUACAUAGGUCGUGUGGAGGACGAAUGGUCGCUGUUCUCUGCUGCCUUCCAUCGAAAUUCGCACGCGUAGGUAUUUUCUUUGAUGGCAGGGUCGUAGUAUGGGCGAUUUGGUGGGUUUCGUUUAUUACAUAUCUUGCCUACCGAUUGAUAAUGCUACAAAUCUACUAAAAAAUGUUCUCAAGGUCGGAUCCAAUGAUCCUGAAAAAAUGGCUGUAAAGUCUCUUCUCCAAGGAAAGUUUUCGAUCAUGGAAAUGUUUUUCAACUAAUCAGAAAACUCUAUAGUUCGAUAUUAGAAUGCUAUUUUUGAAUUUUUGACAUAAUCUCAACAAAUUAAUUUUUUUUUCUAGUCCUAACAAGUCAGACUUGAUAUCUAGAAGUCUAUUUCAAUGGCAGUGGAAAUAUCAUAAAUGUGGCCAUUUCUUCAGGUUUUGAUAGUCUGACAUAGGUAAUGUCGAACAUUCAUAGAAAUUUUUUCCAAUUUCAUGAAAAUCAGACAGAACAUUUUGAAAUUACCUAGAUCAAAACUAACAGACUUUUUUUUUCAAAUUUGUCAGGAGUCUGAUAACAUCAAAAUGUCAGAAAUUGUUCCCUUCUUUUCAAGUCUUUGAAAGUCUAAUUUAAUAGCAUUAUAAUUUACUCGAUGCUUUUUCAGAAUUAAUUGGAUUUUUAAAAUUAAAAUCAUAAAUUAUUUUACAUUGAAUAUUACGAGAAAUUGAUCAAAAUUUUAUUUUUUUUCUUCAAGUUUUCGAAAGUCCAAUAUUUACGUUGUAAAGUCAAUUAAUUUUUCCCCAAGUUUUCAAAGGUCAGCGUCUUUCAAAUUUCGGAAAGAUCCUCGCCGAAAAAAAAACAUAUCAAUGUCAAAAUUAUCCAUCUUCAUCUAUGAAGAUAUUGAUUAAAAUUUAGUCAGCUCGAAGUUCUUAUAAAAUCGCGUCGUCUCUAAAGAUGAUAAACCAAUAUCAAAAAAUAUUUUAAGAUCAAAAUUUGUUUAAAAGUGAAGGUCUCCCCCCCCCAAAAAAAAAACAAAUACUUUCCUCUUUUGAUUGAAAACAUGACGUACCUACCUACAUGGCAUUAAGAUUUCCUCGGUGUUUGAAUUUGAAUCUGGGCCUGAGAAAUUCUCAAAAAAUCAAAAUAACUUAAGUCACCAGUCAAAAUUGUAAGCCACGAUCACCUUACAAAAGGAAUUAACGCGAAAUUGUUCGAUAGCGUAUUUACGGCAAACUGGUUAUGCAAUUUUAUUAACAUGAAUGAUGACACAAUGAAUAUAGUUCACGUUGAAGGAUCUGUUAGUUUUCUAGGAACGAUGCAUGGCAAUUUUUCAAUUCCAGAUUUUUCUGUUGGGUAAACGAAUAGGGGAGAGUUCAAACCAAAUCUUCCAUAAAAAAAAAAGUUCUGAAUUGGUCUUCUUUUUUAUGAAAUCCUCUGAAGUCUUCCACUAACUUCAAAUUUUCUAACAAAGGAGGUACCUAUCCCAAUCAACAACAAUUUUUUUCGAACCGAGCAAAACAGAAUGAAAAGAGCAUACAAAAAUGUACAUCACUGGCCAAUGAAUUUUAAAAAAAUAUAAUUUAGCAAUCAAAAAAUUUGAAAAAAUUAAAAUUCCACCAUUUUUUUUGUGGCGGGGGGUGUUUAUAAUUACUAGAUUAUUACACCCUACGUCAUCAGAAGGUUUAUAUUGAUUUCGUUAUAGGUUGUGUUUUUUUAACUAGAGUAAUGAAUUUUUCCAUUUCGGAGGGAUUGUCAGAAAUGAAGAGAGAGUUUUUAUAAUUCCACCAAAUUAAUCAGGAAUACCUAGGUAGGUAGAUAGGUACUAAAAAAAAAAAAAAAAAAAUGCAUGUUAAAUUAUCAAGAAUACCUAGGUACUAAAAAUUUAGCAUGCAUCUAUUUUUCGACCCCCGUCACUAAAAUCGAUUUGAAUAACCUGUUUCGAACCGUUUUGAACAGCUCUAGAGCCUCCAGCAGAUUUUUAAAACUUGAAAUUUCCAGAAAAUUUUCAGCAAUAUUUUUUUUAAAUAAAAAGUUGUAUCACUUUAUACUAUGAUUUUAACCUGCUGAGUCGAUUAGAGGCGGUUUCAAAUCAUUUUAAAGCCUCCAGAAAAUGUUAAAAAUUCUUGUUUCUCAAAAAAGUGCAAAAACCAUUGUUAAAAUGAAUCUAAACGCGUUUCUUGGGUAUUUUAGAGCAUUUAUUCGAAGAAUGGAAGUUUCCAAAAUUUGCUGGAAGCUCCAAAAAAGCUUAGAACUUUCUCCAGUCGACUCAGUAUUUCUGAAAUAGAGCAUGAAGUAAAUUUUAUAUUUGAAAUUGCUGAAGAAAUGAUUUGUAAUCCGUCAAGUGGGUUACUUAAACGCAUCAAUCAAGUUUAUAAGUGCUGAUGUUCAUUUGAACAGUUUUUAAUGGCACUUUUUGGAAAUAUGGAACUUUCGAAAUAUAGCUGGAGGCUCCAAAACAGCUUAAAAUCACCUUCAAUCAACUGCAAAUGCUGAAAUGAGCUCUAAAAUAAAUUUUACUUUUCUAACUUUA